AUGAGCAAGGCGCCUUCUGGUGGAAAUGAGGCUUACCGUCUAAAACUCUUGGUUGUUGAUCCUGCGAGGCUUCUUUGGUUUACCACACCUCCGAAACCUCUUCUUCGUCCGGUCUGCAUCACAGUCGCCGACGGGUCUACCCUUGUGGUCGCCGGGUCCGCCGACGUAUGUCUGCUGAACCAUGAGGGGGUGGUGGUCCAGGUCCGGGAUGUCUACUAUGUCCCUGACUUGCGCUUCAACCUACUGUCAUCUGCUCGUCUCAUGGCUAUUGGUGCCACUGUUUCCCUCCAUGACUAUGCCGGUGUUGCCUCUCUGGAUGGGGCCACCAUUUUCCGCCUCCAGUACCGCUUCACCGCCUGGAUCCUCGACGUCUCCAAGGUCCCUUCUCCCCAGGUUGAGUGUCCUCCCCGUGCCCUGCAGGUUGUCGUCGCCAAACUCUCGCCUCCUGCUGCUCGCUCUGGCAAGGCUGCUCCCCUAGAGAUUUGGCAUCGUCGUCUUUCUCACCUUGGGAUUGGUGAUCCCACAGACUUCAGACUGUGGCAUACUACGACCGUAUACUAG